UAUAACCCUUGUCCAUCGUCCUCGGACAAGAUUCCCUAAGAAAAGGGGGAUAGAAAUGGAAAUAAAGAGAAAAUAAAAUAACGAACUGCGGCGAUAUUAACACAGUAAGGUAGCUCUAAGACUCCAACCAACUCUUCCUCGUCUUCUCCGCCCUGUCUCUCUUCCCUCUAUUUCCUCUUGCUCAUCCUCUUCUCCUAUUCUUCAACUCACUCUCCUUACAAUCUUCACAUUUUCUCCCAUUCACCACAAUGGCCUCUCUUUCUCCCUCUCCUCUUCUCUCCAAAACUACAAUUUCAUUCUCUUCCUCCCUCUCCACUUCACUUCCAUGGAAAUCCUUUCCUUCCUUUGCCUCAUCCAAGCCUCAAGCUUCUCGCUGGAGAAUCUACACCGUCCAAUCCAAAAUCCGCGAGAUCUUCAUGCCUGCUCUUAGCUCCACCAUGACCGAGGGCAAGAUCGUUUCUUGGAUCAAGUCUGAGGGUGACGUUCUUUCCAAAGGCGAAAGUGUUGUUGUCGUGGAGUCCGACAAGGCCGACAUGGACGUCGAGACUUUCUACGACGGAAUUCUUGCCGCGAUUGUCGUUCCCGAAGGCGAGUCCGCUCCUGUCGGCGCGCCAAUUGGGAUUUUAGCCGAGACUGAGGAUGAAAUCGCUGAAGCCAAGGCCAAAGCCGCGUCGAGUGGUGCUACUUCAUCUCCACAAACCGUUGCUCCUUCUCCUCCUCCUGCUACUUCCACUCCCGCCCCUGUUUCACAACCCGAGCCGAAAAAACCGGCGGAGACAGUUACCAGUGGGCCCAGAAAGAUUGUAGCCACGCCGUUCGCCAAGAAGUUAGCUAAGCAGCACAAAGUGGAUAUUAAUUCAGUGGUUGGAACGGGGCCUUUUGGCAGAAUUACUCCGGAAGAUGUGGAAAAGGCUGCUGGAAUUGAACCUUCUAAGAAUGUGGCACCCACUACUGUAGCAGCCCCAGCUGCGGCUGCUCCUCCGCCAAAAACUACAGCGGCUGCCCCUCCUCCCCUUCCAGGUUCUAGUGUUGUGCCUUUUACGACAAUGCAGUCUGCCGUAUCUAAGAAUAUGAUUGAGAGUCUUUCAGUCCCCACUUUUCGUGUUGGAUAUCCGAUAACGACUGAUGCUCUUGACGCCCUUUAUGAAAAGGUGAAGCCAAAGGGUGUGACAAUGACUGCGCUGCUAGCCAAGGCUGCGGCAAUGGCUCUUGUUCAACAUCCUGUUGUUAAUGCCACCUGUAAAGAUGGAAGGAGUUUUACAUAUAACAGUAGCAUCAACAUUGCGGUUGCUGUGGCUAUCAAUGGUGGCUUGAUCACACCUGUUCUUCAGGAUGCAGAUAAGUUGGAUCUGUAUUUGCUAUCUCAAAAAUGGAAAGAGCUUGUGGAGAAAGCUAGAGCAAAGCAACUUCAGCCCCAUGAGUACAAUUCAGGAACCUUUACUCUAUCCAAUCUGGGCAUGUUUGGAGUGGACAGAUUUGAUGCUAUUCUUCCUCCCGGCCAGGGGGCUAUCAUGGCUGUUGGAGCAUCAAAGCCAACUGUGGUGGCUGAUAAAGAUGGUUUCUUCAGUGUGAAGAGUAAAAUGCUGGAUGUUGGUUAUUGCAAAGGAAGCAUAUGACCUGUUAUGGAUAUAUAAAUGGGGUGAAAAUAAAGAAACUGGUUAGCUAUCUCUGCCACCCAUCUUAAUGGUGGUUUGGGAUUCGCAUGGCCAGUGCUAUUAAGAGUGGUAGAAAGUGGAAACUGGAGUUUCACUUCCUUUUGAGCAUUCAUCAUGUAUUCAAGUAAAAAUACAGCAAAGCUUUCUUAAUAAUUCAAAUAUUCCACUCAACUUGGCUGUUUUGGCAUAUCUCUCUGUUUACAGGUAAAUGUAACGGCUGAUCACCGAAUUAUCUAUGGUGCUGACUUGGCAGCCUUCCUUCAGACCUUUUCAAAGAUUGUUGCAAACCCAGAUAGACUGACAUUGUAGACUAUCUCUGGGAUUUCUUUUUAAUGAACCUGGUUUAUUAG